AUGCAAGUGCGACCUAUGCAAAACCAAAAAUUACACCUGCGAGACAGACGGAUACUGUUUCACAUCAGUGCAAAAGAAAAAGAACUCGGAAGAGCUGAUUUACAAUUACCGAUGCCUGGACAAGGAACUCGGACUGCCAUCGAACAACCCGAUGUUUUGUCACACGCCUCAGAACCAGCUCAACAGCACUUUCCUGCUGGAAUGUUGCAAGAGCGUCGACUUUUGCAACGUCCACUUGAGGCCGAUGCUAUCGAGAGGGCCUACAGAUGUUUCGACAAGUUUCCUCCUCUGAUUGACGCCGCAGGUCGCCAAACUGAAUACUGCAACGAAACUAAACACGAUUACGGCGAAGACGCUUUUUCGAUAACCGCUUGUUGUAGGGAUAGAAAUUAUUGUAACGAGGCCCCUUUGCCUCUCAACACCAUUUCAAUGACAGUGUUCGAAGCUCCUCGUGGUUCUUACCUUACCUCGUUGGAAAUAGCGAUGUGCAUAAUGGUGCCCACUUUGAUCGGUUGUCUGGUCGUGAUUGUAUACUACUACCUCAAAACUGCGAAUCACAAAAAGCGGGGCUUGCAUCAUCAUUUGAGGCACGGCGACGAUAGUAUUGAGGCCCCCGAUCAUCCUAUACUCAACAAGGGGGUCAGUUUGAAGCACAUGAUUGAAAUGACUACCAGUGGUAGUGGUUCUGGUCUACCAUUGCUGGUCCAACGUUCGAUAGCCCGUCAAAUCCAACUGAUCGACAUAAUCGGCCAGGGCAGAUUCGGCGAAGUGUGGCGCGGCAGGUGGCGAGGCGAAAAUGUCGCCGUGAAAAUCUUCAGCUCGCGCGAAGAAAGAUCGUGGUUUCGCGAAGCCGAAAUCUACCAAACCGUAAUGCUGCGGCACGAAAACAUCCUCGGAUUCAUCGCAGCCGAUAACAAGGACAACGGCACUUGGACGCAAUUGUGGCUAAUAACCGACUACCACGAACAUGGCUCCCUUUUUGAUUUUCUGGCCAUGAACACUUUGGAUACUACAAGUAUGAUCCGGAUGGCUUUGUCCAUAGCCACAGGCUUGGCCCAUUUGCACAUGGACAUUAUGGGUACGCAAGGCAAGCCUGCGAUCGCGCAUCGCGAUUUGAAAUCCAAAAAUAUCUUGGUCAAGUCCAAUGGGACUUGUGCCAUUGGGGAUCUUGGACUUGCAGUUAGGCACGAUGUCACUACUGAUACUGUGGAUAUUCCGUUGAAUAAUCGGGUGGGCACCAAACGGUACAUGGCUCCUGAAGUUUUGGACGAAACUAUGAAUAUUGAUCAGUUUGAUUCGUUUAAACGGGCCGACGUGUACGCUUUGGGGCUGAUAUUUUGGGAAGUUGCUCGUAGAUGUAACGUCGGAGGUAUCUACGAUGAAUACCAGUUGCCCUUCUUUGAUGCUGUACCUUCGGAUCCUACCAUUGAAGAAAUGAGACGGGUGGUGUGCUUUGAGAGGCAAAGGCCCAACAUCCCGAAUCGCUGGCAAUCGUGCGAAGCUCUACACGUCAUGUGCAAACUGAUGAAGGAGUGUUGGUAUCAUAAUGCCACCGCUCGGCUCACCGCGCUCAGAAUAAAGAAGACUUUGUCGAACUUUAGGGCGGCCGAGGAGCUCAAAAUGUAG